AUGAAUAUCAAAAUCGGACCACAUCUUGUUAAGAUUACUGCAGUCACGUACCUGGCUCGUCUAUGCAUCGGCAUAGAAAACCAAGCACGAUACGAUUCCGAGAACUCUCGUUCUGGUGUCACAGGAGGACGAAUCUCUUCAAGUCUUUCACCUUUCGCCCGAAGAAAAUUAUCGUCUCAAGCAUUUCACCAAAAGCCGUCGGAUUAUGGAGAUCGCGGUGGUUCCGAUGAUCAAGGGGCGGCUAUCAAUGGAUAUGUGGAUUCCGAUGAUUAUGAUAACAUAUUUGUCCGAUUUCGAGUCCACCAGAAACCCAAUGCCACAUCUGACUUCUCAAUUGGAGAGACACUUCAAACUAUGGUGGAGGUCAACUCGACCCUUGAUAGCGACCUGCAGGUUGAGUAUACGUCGGGCGAUUUCAACUAUGAUCCGGUGAUGGAAGAAGACAUGUCCGAUGAAAGUCUCUCAGAAGCCACUGACCUAAAGAUUUUGCGAAGGCAGCAGAGGACUGCGUCUACUCUAUGGGUCGAAUGGCAUAACUUCCACAGAAGGCAGUACUCUGCCCCUGAUUUAAUUUGGGAUCAAAACUUGGCAAAUAGAGCUCAAAGGUUUACAAAUCGAUGUUACUUUCAGCACUCGGCCCCAGAAAAACACGGCCCCCCUUACGGAGAGAACUUGUUUGCUGGUGCUUCCGACAUUCCGGGGGUAUUAAACGCGUGGGUGAAUGGCCCAAACGAAGCAGGAUCAUAUAAUCCACGAGCACCGACGUAUUCACAUUUCACACAGGUUGUAUGGCGCGGGUCACGUCGGGUUGGAUGCGCCAUCACACAGUGCAACUAUGUGGGACGCUUCGAAGGCUCGAGAGUAUACCAGCAGAUGGGAAGAAAAGUUCCCAACAUAGCCUGCGUUUAUUUUCCUGCUGGUAAUGUUAUCGGUCAAUUCCCGCAAAAUGUGAUUGUACCUAAAGUCAGAACCGGCCACGCUGUUCCUGCUGGAUCCAAAGUGUGCUGAUUACUACCCCACUCAAGGAAGAAUGAAAGAUUUUAUCGUUCGGUUUCUGAAGAACUUUUAUUCUCGCUUAUAUCCGUGCGUCUAUUUUGAAGCAAGAGAAGUGCGAAGAUUGGGGUCAGAAGAAGAGGGCCCAGGAGUCUUGACAUUAUCUAUGAAACAAUGCCUUAGAAACACAUCAUUUUGAAUAAAACUAAAAAAACAUCUCAGUCCGUUCAUUGAAGUUUCUUGUUUUUUCACUCAACUUUUAUUUAUGUAUCUUCCAUUGACAAUGAUUGAUGUUAUGUACAUUAAUAAAGCCAGGAUCAUACAUCCAGGUUGAA